CUAACGUUACCGUUAUUAACACCGCUGAACUGAAACAACAUGAGCGCUACCGCGGUGAAAAAUGGCAAUGACCCACCUGAUACUGGCUAACUACCACAGUUAGAUACCAACCGGUGCCCGGGAAGCUAGCAUCUUCCUUGAUUUGCAUACUUCGUGAUCGUGAAGUAUCUCAUUAUUAUUAGUGCGGGCAGGUAAAGUGGCAGAUAUAGUUUUACAAAUUUUUUUCGUCAUUUGCAAAUUUGGUCUCGGGGAAAGCGCGUCUCUGGUAGAUCAAUCGAGAGUGAGUGAAAAACUUUACUGAAAGUAACGUUGAAAAACAAACGAUCGUAGAAGUGUAUACACAAAUAAUUAGGAUUUGGUGUUUAUACACAUCGCGCAAGUGCUGUGUGUGGGGUCGUAUAGAAAUUCUACAAUAAUGAAAACAGGUGUAAUAUAAUCAUUGAUAAAUUCGAUAAGACGCAAAGUGUACGUUACCCUAGUGUACCUUAUCGUCUGAGACAUUAGUCAGUGCGUACGUACGGAGAAAUAAAAAACAAAACAUGUGAAACGUCAAGGUAGGUGUUUUGUUUCGUGUCCAGUGGUAAUUAAUCGAAACAGAAGAUUGUGUAGAAUCGGCACUGUAACAAUAAGUAGUUAUAGUAGACAGUUCGAAAUAAACGAACGUCAGAGGAGUUAUAUCAGAUGAAAUUUAGAUUAUGACCCUAAAUGCGGUGUAUUAUUAUCGACAAUGAGAACAAUCGUUGACAGCAGGGAUUAUCCGGUUUACCGCUGAUACGUUUGCCGAUAAUGUGGCAGAUGGCAGUUCACAUUACAGAUUUCGGUCCUGCUGCAUCAGAACUUCUAAUAUUAUACGAGAACGAUUCAGCCACCCCGGGAGGAGACCCCACCUCCAUUAUGAACAAGUCGGUGGAGAACGUUUCCACUUCCAGCCACGACUCGAUAACUAGCAACAAUCUGUCGCUGACAAAUGCCAAUCUAACCAUCGGCGUCAGUGGAAAUGAUGGAUCGGCUUCUAAUUUGAUUGAUACAAAUUUGGGGGGAGGCUCAGGUUGCAAUAGCCCUUCACCUAGCCCUACUCCAUCACCUUGGCCAAGUCCCAGGCCCUAUACCAAGAGGGAUCACUCUAGACCUCAUUCGGAUGUUGCUAAUUUCGUCAAUAAAGAUAUAUCCCCUAGCAAACUAGAGGAUCAACAAAACCAGGAAGCAGUUAAUCGAUCUUCGGACUCUGCCGAACCUGGACGGAAUUCAGCGUACGAAGUUAGAAAGGAAACCAGAGCUGGAGAUCGUACCAAGAAAAAGUCAUCAUGGUAUAACGUACUUUAUCCAACUUAUAAAUCACGAUCUGAGGAUUUUAAAAGGAUUUUCAAAGACGUUCCGGAUGAUGAACGACUUGUUGUUGAUUACUCUUGCGCCCUGCAGCGAGAUAUACUUGUUCAUGGAAGAUUGUACGUAUCCCAAAACUACAUAUGUUUUUAUGCAAACAUAUUUUCAUGGGAAACGUCAGUAUCUCUGCGUUGGAAGGACGUCGCCUCAAUAACGAAGGAGAAAACUGCACUAGUCAUACCAAAUGCUAUACUAGUCUGUACGGAAACGGACAAAUUUUUUCUCACAUCAUUCGGGGCCAGGGACAAAGCUUAUCUUAUGCUCUUCAGAGUUUGGCAAAAUGCACUGAUAGGUCAGCCAAUGAGCAUGACCGAAAUGUGGCAGCUUGUUCAUGCCUGCUAUGGUGAUGAGCUUGGCCUUACUUCUGACGACGAAGAUUAUGUACCUUCGCUCUUACCCGCACAGGAGGAUAAAAAAAUCUCCAUUCAACUCUCAGUCGAAUCGUAUUCCGAAGCUGAAGGGGGAGCAGUGGUUAAUUCAGAUAAUCUAUUGAUGCCACCUCAGCCCAACAAUUCGUCUAACCCUGAACUUGACAGACGUUCAUCGACUAGACCAGAGUCUCAUCUGGAUCCUACCGAUCUCAGUGAUACCACAGAGAGCGAGGCCGAGAAACAUCCACUACGCAUUGCCCUACGCAGUAAUGCAGUGUGCUCAGCUGUGCAUGAUGGACGGCAACUUUGUAACGCAACAUUACCUAUUCAUAUAGAUCAAUUAUUCACAUUGCUCUUUACCAACUCAAAGUUCUUCUUGGAUUUUCAUACGGCACGAAAAACCACCGAUCUGGUACAAUCGGCAUGGACACAAGACAGUCAAACGGGUCAAAAAUCAAGAACGGUUUCACUAACUAUAUCACUGUCGCAAUCUGUUGGUCCGAAAUCUUCCCAAGUAACAGAGACGCAGAUAAUGCUACCAUGCAGCAGACCUGGGCAUCUAUACUGUAUAGAUAUAGAGAGCAACAACGCAGGUAUACCUUAUGCAGAUUCAUUCAGCGUUCACACGCAUUACUGUAUGACAAGUUCUACGGAGGGUGAGACAAACCUUGCAGUAUUUUCACAAAUUAAAUACAAGAAGAAUGUCUGGGGUCUUGUUAAAAGUUUUAUCGAGAAAAAUUGUUGGGCUGGAUUAGAAGAGUAUUUUGGUAGCUUGGUAAAAGCGCUGAGCGUUGAAAGUGAGGAAGGUAAUGUUGGAGUGGGAUUGAAACGCAAGGCGAGACGACGAAGACGGUUGACCGGGGCUGGCGCAUCUCUACAAGCACAUCCCACAGAUCACUUACAGUCUUGCCACCAAGCCGUUACAGCAGACUUGCCACGAGUAUACAACAACAAUGUUUCAGGUGUUCGCAACGACACCAGCAACAUAGUAAGCUGGAUACUUCUCUUAGCAGUUUUAUGCCUUAUGCUAAUAAAUGGUUUACUUUAUUAUAAAUUAUGGGGUUUAGAAGAAGCUGCUGCUUACACCAUUAUGGAUCUACACGUUCUCAAAAAUACACCAAAGACGGAAGAGGAUUGGAUAAACUUGUUGCAACAACAAGAGAGUCUUCAUAAUGUGGAAAUGAGGAAGUGGCAGAGAGUUUUGCACACAGCAGCUCAGUUAUUGAGACAGACUGAAGAGUCAUUGACUGAACUGCAAAUGAGUAUUCAUCCAACGGUAACAGACAACGUGAUAUCUGUGUUGAAAACGUUAUCUUCUUCAAAGUCUUCUGAAUCUAGAUCUGAUCAUCAGAGCUACGAAAUGUAAAUAUCGUCGAAGUACAGAGGAUCAUGGUAGAGUAUAAAAAUUUGUAUUAUUUUUAUUUUCCUCUGGGAAAAAAAGCAACAAGAAUAUAGUGAGGGAUCAUAGAAAAAAAAAUCACAAGCAAAAGGUUACAAUUUUACUUUUUAUCGAAAGUUUUUAUUACAAUAUGAUUUAUGAUUUUUUGCGACAGCAUAAAACAAGAAAAAACCAAUAGAGAAAGAGAGAUAACCCUAAAUGAAUUAGAACGUAAAUUAUAUAUUAUUAUACAUUUGGCAAUUUUGUUUGCAGAUCGUGUACUUAAGUGACAGAUGCAUACAAUUAUACAUAUUAUUGACAGCCAAUUUUUGGGGCAGGGAGGGAUUUAUGUUUGAAUGAAAUGCAGAAAAUGAUAUACAUGAAUUUUAACGCAUUUAAAAGUAUUAAUAAUUAUACAAUAGUUAUUGUUAUUAUUAUAUUUCAUUGAAGUAUCAAUUACAAACGAUCAAUUUUUAUCGAUCAAUGCGAUGCUGUACACGUACAGUAUCUGUGUGUAGUACUGUAAAUUACACACAAACUGUCCGUGGAUUAACGAUUGAAUGAAUGGCGCACAGGUUGUGUAAGUUUGAUCAUUUACUUACAGUUCCUGAACGCAAAAUCAAAGAGCGUGUCUGAGAGGGUGAUAGAAAAGAAGCCCAGUGAAUCUAAAUAUGCUAAAUAUGCUCGCCUGUAGUUAAUUUAUCGAAAAUGAAUUGUGCAGUUACGAAACCUGCGGACCAAUUUUAUUUGGUCGGGUUGGGAAAACGUUAAAUCGAAAGACAAAAAAUCGGAUUAGCAAAUAUUACUUACUACAGCACAAUAUAGAGUCGAAGUGAGUUAAUAAAUAAAUUAUUGUAUUGAAGGAGCCAGCGAUUAGUGCAAGUAACAAGUAUUAUGAUAUUUAUAUAUAUAUAUAUAUAUAUAUAUAUAUAUAUAUGUGUGUAUGUAUGUAUAUAUAAACAUAUAUUUACAAUACAGUAUACAUAUAUAAAUGAGUUAGUAUAUCAUUGAAAUAACUUGGUAAUAAUAGCCGUAGUUCGUGCAUUAAAAUAUAAAAAAUGAAAGUAGUGGUGAAUACACGGUAUUAACUAAUGACAACAAUUCAAUUGUUGCGCUCUUCUCGUCACGUUCUACGUGUAUCAUCUGUAUUAAUUACGUAAUGUACAAGUCCGUAUUGUUAAUCAUUUCAAACCAUUGAUAAAAUGGAUGUGGUUUUUUAGAAUUCUUUUUUGGUCGCGAUCUGUUCUAAUUUACGUUAAUUUCGAUUUUUUCUGUUGAAGGAUUAUAUGAAAAGUUGACAUUUCAAAUUAUGCGUAUAACAUUACGUAUGUACUGUCAGUACUAUGAUGGUAAUAGGAUAGGAAUAGAUAUAUAUAUAUUUUAAUCACGUUGUAGCAACCUGAAUCAGUUUUUGUACUCAGGCUAUCUGUUAAUAAAACUUUACGUUAAUCAAU